UUCUUCUUCAUUUCCUGCUCAGAAAUCUUCAGCAGCAUCAGCGGAUCGUCGUGUUUGAGUAGGCUUUACAUUUAUAUAGUUGGUGAUGUCCAACGUUCCCAAUUCUCUCCGUGACUCCUCUCUCACCCUCUUCCGCCUCGCCAUCUCCAGCUCCGAUCGCUGGCCCUUCUCUCUCUAGCUUGCGUCCCCCGUCUCCCCUCUGCAGCUCCUCUUGCUGCCGGGUUGCCCGGUCUUCGCAUGCAGCGUGGACGAGAAGAAGCGGGAGAUAACACUAAUAACAACGAGAAGAUCGAGAGCCAUCGCUGUCGUCGCUCGCUGGCCGGCUUCUUCCAGCUCCGCAUGCCGCACAUGGGGCACCGCGAGAGGAAGGAGCGGGCGGCCGCGGGGUUGCCGCCCAAGGGGUGCAUGGCGGUCAGGGUGGGGCAGGAAGGGGAGGAGCAGCGGCGGGUCGUGGUGCCGGUGGCGCACCUCAGCCACCCCCUCUUCGCGGAGUUCCUGGAGGAGGCGAAGGCGGAGUAUGGGUUCAGCCAGCCAGGGGCCAUCUCCAUCCCCUGCGGCGUUGAUCACUUCCGCCACGUGAACGACGUCAUCGACCGCGAGAGGGGCAGCGCUGCAGUCCAUCACCACCACCUCCCCCUCCGCCUUCUUCACUUUGCAUGCUGUUUUGGAGCUUAAUGACCGGUGAUGAUAAAUAGAUAAGUGAUUAGGUUUUUGAUAUAUGGAUGAAGAUAAUGCAAUUUGUUGGACUGUACUUUUUGGGGAUUGAAUGGGUUGGAAAUAGAUAAUUUCAAGCUUAUUGUA